UGAAUGUCCUUCACACUCAUAUUUCUCUUAUCUCUAGCGCUACGUCGUCAAAAAUACCAAUCGACAGAUACUAUGAAGAGCAACAAGUGUUGUGAAAGUGAACACGAGGGAGUUGCCUCAGCUGAAGUCGCCAGCACAGAAAGGGGCUUUGUUUACAUUUUACCUAGUUAGGUUAGUAUGUUGCAUCGCCAG